AUGGCAGCGGCGGCGACGAUGAACGGGCAGCAGGCCUUUGCGCCAGUCCUGAAUGCGCUCGCGACAAUGCAGAGCCGGGUCGGCGACAACCAGAAGAGCCAGGCGCAUUCCUACCUCGAGCAGUUCCAGAAGUCUUCAGAGGCAUGGACGUCCACAUUCGCCAUGCUGCAGUCAUCCGAGUCGAGUGACGAGGCGAAGUUAUUCGCGGCGACGACGUUGAAAGGGAAGAUCAUAUUCGACUUCCACCAACUACCACGAGAGUCUCUGCCCCAGCUGAGAGAUACAUUACUGCAACUACUCGCCUCAUACGCCAAAGGGCCGAAGCCCAUACGAACGCAAUUAUGUGUGUGCCUCGCCAACCUCGCCAUUCAGAUGCUAGAGUGGAAGGAUGUGAUGAGCGUGGUGGUCUCGACUCUCGGCAGCGAUCAGGCGAGCAUAGCGUGUGUGCUGGAGUUCUUGCAUGUGCUGCCGGAGGAGGUGACAGAGGGAAGGAAGAUCAAUCUCACAGAAGAUGAGCUGUCGACACGGACGACGGAGCUGCUGGAGCAAAAUGCGGCGCAGGUGUUGCAACUACUCACACAAUAUGCGCAGUCCUCGGAUGCGGCGUCCAAGGACCCGCUGCUCAUGGAGUGCAUCACAUCGUGGCUGAGAGAGGUACCUCUGAAUGAAGUGGUGGAGUCGCCGCUCAUGGAGGUGAUCAUGAACGCGGUGCAGUCGGAUCAGUCGUUUGACUCGGCGGUUGAGACGCUGUGUGCUGUGUUCAAAGAGACUAGAGAGGUGGAUGCGAAUAUGCCCAUGAUUAAGGCGGUCUUCCCACGGUUAGCGCAGUUGCAGCCUCGAAUCCAGCGAUGCGCGGAAGAGGAGGACUGGGAGACGUUCAAGGGCAUCACAAGGAUAUUUGCGGAAGCUGGAGAGGCGUGGGUCAUCUUGAUCGUGCGGGAGCCGGAUCAGUACAGGGGGUUGGUGGAGUGCAUACUGGAGUGCUGCGCACGCGACAAAGAGCUGGAUGCGCUGUCACAGACCUUCAACUUUUGGUUUGAGCUGAAGCAGUACAUUACGCUGGAGAGGUACAUGGAGGCGCGGAUUCAAUUCGUGGACAUCUACUCGAAGCUGGUAGAUGUCAUGCUCGGCCAUCUCGAGUUUCCCGAAAGUGAGAAAGCAGAUAUCUUCGAUGGCGAUCGGGAAGCGGAGGAGAAGUUCAGGGAGUUCAGACAUCAAAUGGGAGAUGUGCUGAAAGACUGCUGCGAGGUCAUUGGCGUGACAGAAUGCUUGACGAAGAGCUACAACCAGAUCGAGAGCUGGGUGAACACCUACGGCGCGCAAGCCCACACAAACGCGAUACCGAAAUGGCAGAAGCUGGAGGCGGCGCUGUUCAGCAUGCGAGCAAUGGGCCGGAUGGUCGAGCCGGAUGAGAAUAUCAUGCUCCCGAGACUCAUACCACUAAUCGUGCAGAUACCGGACCAGGAUAAGGUCCGCUUCCAGGCUGUUAUGGUCCUCGGACGUUAUACUCGCUGGACGUCGAAGCAUCCGGAUACUCUGCAGGACCAGCUCAACUUCAUCAUGGGCAGCUUUUCGCAUAAGGACAGUGAGGUGGUGCGGGCGGCAGCGCUGAGUUUCAAGUUCUUUUGCGGUGACUGUGCGGAUUUGUUGAAGGACUACAUGCCGCAGCUCCAGCAAUUCUGCGAGUCGAAACUCGAUGCUCUACCGUCAAGCAGUCAGGAGGAAGUCACCGAGGGCGUCUCCGCAGUGCUGGACAAACAACCGCUGGACACGCUGUAUUCCUCCUUCAAGAUGUGCUGCGACCCUAUCAUCAAGCGAUUAAUGGCGAUGGCGCAAUCAGCGACAGAAAAGGAGCAGAAGCUCGCUAUUGCUGACAAACUCAACCUCAUCACAACCAUGGUAUCGACGGUCAUCCCCACCGUGCCGCCAGGACAACCCCAUCCGGUAGUCCAAUACCUCGAAGAGGUCUUCCCCAUCAUCGCCGCCAUCUCCGAAGGCUUCAACGAUUUUGUGCCCAUCAUCGAGCGAAUCUGCAGAUGCUGGCGCUACAUGGUCCUCUCCUACCGCUUCCACACCGCGCCCCUCCUCCCCCAACUCGCCGAAAAGCUCUCCGCCGGUUUCUCUUCUAGCCGCCAGGGCUGCUUCCUCUGGGCCACCGACAGCAUCGUUCGCGAGUUCUCCGACGUCUCCGAAGUCGUCACCCAGCAAACCGUCGACGCCAUCUACACCUUCUACGAACAACAAGUCACCACCUUCCUGCGCACCCUCAACGACCUGCCGCCCGAACAACUUCCCGACGUCAUCGAAGACUUCUUCCGCCUCACUACCGACGUCUUACUCUACCACACGCCGAAACUCCUCCUCUCCCCGCUCAUGUCCACCAUCCUCCAAGCCGCCACCACCUCCCUCACCCUGCUCAAAGAAGAACCUUUAAUGGCUACCCUCCACUUCCUCCGCGACUUCCUCGCCUACGGCGACGAACACGCCCCCGCCUCCCACUUCGACCUGGACGGCCAAUACCGCAACCGCACGAACCCCCCCGAGAUCCGCGCCGCAGUCCACAGCCUCAACUCCACCCACGGCGAAGCCAUCGUCCAGCGCUGCAUGACAGGCAUGAUGUACACCUUCCCCGCCGACUGCGUUCCGGACGCUUCCGGCGUGCUCCUCGCGCUGUUCCAGCUUAUGCCAAGGGAAACCGCGCAAUGGGUUGGGGGCACGGUGCAGAUGUUGCCCGAGGGCAGUAUUGCGCCCCAAGAGCAGGAGCGGUUGCUGCGGAAUGUGGAGCAGCGGAUUGAGAGUGGGGAGGUCAGGAGGGUGAGGGCGCUGUUGCAGGAUUUUACUAGUGGGUAUCGGAGGAGGAAUGUUGCGCCGAGGGAGGGGUUGGGGAGGCUGGAGGCGGUAAGGUUUAGGUUUGCUGGGUAG